CAACAAAGGAAAAGUAGGAAACUUCGACUUGUUGACUUCCCUCUGAGACAGACGCGGAACGCGUAAAUCGCAAAUCCAAAACACACAAAUACGGAACCUUUCUCCGAUUUAAAACCAAAACCCUAGAAAAUCAAAUCCCCAAAAUCCACCAUGGGAAACACCGAGAAGCUGAUGAACCAGAUCAUGGAGCUGAAAUUCACGUCCAAGUCGCUUCAGCGCCAAUCCAGAAAGUGCGAGAAGGAGGAGAAAGCCGAGAAGCUGAAGAUCAAGAAGGCCAUGGAAAAAGGCAACGUUGACGGCGCUCGGAUCUACGCCGAGAACGCGAUCCGAAAGCGCACAGAGCAAAUGAACUAUCUCCGGCUCGCUUCCCGGCUCGACGCUGUGGUGGCUCGGCUCGACACCCAGGCCAAGAUGUUCACCAUCAAUAAGUCCAUGGGAAAUAUUGUCAAAUCACUCGAAUCGUCGCUGGCCACCGGAAACCUCCAGAAGAUGUCGGAGACCAUGGACUCGUUCGAGAAGCAGUUCGUGAACAUGGAGGUCCAGGCCGAGUUCAUGGAGACCGCCAUGGCUGGCUCCACCUCGCUUUCGACUCCCGAGGGUGAGGUCAAUAGCUUGAUGCAACAGGUCGCCGAUGACUAUGGGCUUGAGGUUUCUGUGGGCCUACCUCAGCCAGCUUCCCAUGCCGUGCCGGCCAAGGAAACCGAGAAGGUCGACGAGGACGACCUCUCCAGGAGGCUUGCGGAGCUCAAGGCUAGAGGUUAGAAUAGGGAAGGCGAUCAGCGUGGGUUUUGAAUUCAAUAUAUAUAUAUAUAUAUAUAUAUAUAUGAUAUGCUUAUGUGUUUGUACCGAUUGCUAAUUAAGAGUUAUGACUCUUGUUGGAACAAUUUGAAACUUGAUAUUUGUGUAUAUUUGACGAAUUUGAAUUCGCUGCGAUAUGUUGUUAUGUGGGUUUUAUUACAUUCUCGUCAGAUAGUUUGCAUCUGUUUUUUUAUGUACGUGCAAUAGAUAUGUGAAUUUGUCUC